CCUUCCUUUUUCCUCUGUGCUUCCCUCCCUUCCUUUCCCACCUUUCUCCUUCCACUGAACCCACCCCCUUUUUCCCAUUUUGGUUUCCCUUGUGGCUAAAAUAUCUGGCCCAGGAUUGGCUGGCACAGCCGGUGGGGGAGAGAGAAAGGGAGGGAAAAAAGAGAGAGAGGGAGACCAGAGGCGAGAUGGUGGUGCUGAGGCCGGCGGGUGGCGGCUGCGGAGGCGCUUCUGGCGUGGGGCUCCUCUAGGCAGGCACAGCCAAGGGAGAGCGGCGGGAAGGAAGGCACCUGCCUGAGCAAACCAUGCCUGCCGACAGCAACGAGCCCAACUGCCUCCUCCGCUACCAGAGACCUGACGAUGAGGCUGUUGUGGAUCUGGGAGGCACCAGCAAUGUGGUCAAUAUUCAUUAUGAACCAGAAGAACUGGAAGGACACAGAACUCUGUAUGUUGGGGUGCGGAUGCCUUUGGUGAGACAAGCUCACAGACAUCACAGAACUCAUGGCCAGAAACAUCGAAAGCGAGAUCGGGUGAAGGAAAGUGUUCAAGAAGAUCAGGAGUCCCAUGAUACUCCAUCUCAGCGAGUUCAGUUUAUCCUUGGCAUGGAGGAGGAUGAGGAGCAUGUCCCCCAUGACUUGUUCACGGAGAUGGAUGAAAUCUGUGUGAAAGAGGGUGAGGAAUCAGAGUGGAAGGAAACAGCAAGGUGGCUGAAGUUUGAAGAAGAUGUGGAGCAUGGUGGAGAGCGUUGGAGCAAACCCUACGUGGCCACUCUCUCAUUGCAUAGCCUUUUUGAGCUGAGGAGCUGUAUCAUCAAUGGGAUCGUCCUUCUGGAUAUGUGUGCAAACACCACAGAAGACAUUGCAGAUAUGAUUCUAGAUCAACAAGAAACUUCAUCUGAGUUUGAUGAAGCCACUCGUAAAAAGGUCUGGGAUAUUCUCCUGAAAAAGCAUCAUCAUCAAAACGAGAAGAAGAAGAACAGCAUCCUCCCUAUUGUCCGCUCUUUUGCUGAUGUUGCCCAGAAAAGAGCUGAACCUCAGCCACCGGAAAAGACAGGGAUGAACUUACUGACUCUCCCGCCUCCUUCAGCUUCACCUUCCACCUCUUCAGAUGUGAGAAAUGGAUUGACACAUGAGACUACUCCAACUGACUUGAGCAAAGCAGAACUCCAUUUUAUGAAAAAGAUCCCCGUUGGAGCUGAAGCCUCAAACGUGUUAGUAGGAGAAGUAGAUUUUCUCACUCGACCCCUUGUUGCCUUUGUGCGUUUAUCACCAGCUGUACUUCUUCCGGGCAUGACUGAAGUCCCACUCCCUACCAGGUUCUUCUUUCUCCUACUUGGUCCAAUAGGGAAAGGAAAGCAAUACCAUGAGAUUGGGAGAUCCAUGGCUACUCUCAUGACUGAUGAGAUUUUCCAUGAUGUUGCUUACAAAGCCAAGGACCGUAGCGACCUGUUGGCUGGGUUUGAUGAAUUUCUGGACCAGGUGACAGUGCUACCGCCUGGAGAAUGGGACCCAUCGAUUAGAAUAGAGCCACCCAAACACCUCCCUUCCCAGGAAAAGAGAAAGAUGCCAGGACCACCAGGGGUCCCCAAUGGAAGUCUUUGCCACGAGGAAAUAGAAGAUGACAGAGGGCCAGAGCUCCAGAGAACGGGAAGGCUCUUUGGUGGCUUGAUCUUGGAUGUGAAGCGGAAAGUUCCUUGGUAUUGGAGCGACUUUAAAGAUGGUUUGAGUUUCCAGUGCUUAGCCUCCUUCCUCUUCCUGUACUGUGCCAGCAUGUCUCCUGUGAUCACUUUUGGGGGGUUACUUGGAGAAGCAACAGAGGGACAAAUAAGUGCAAUAGAAUCCUUGCUCGGAGCUUCAAUGACUGGAGUGGUGUAUUCGCUCUUUGCUGGUCAGCCCCUCACCAUCUUGGGCAGCACUGGGCCUGUGCUGGUCUUUGAGAAAAUUUUGUACACAUUUUGCAAGGACUAUGGCCUUUCUUAUCUCUCAUUACGAUCAUGCAUUGGCCUGUGGACUGCUUUCCUAUGUGUCGUGCUUGUGGCAACUGAUGCCAGUUCCCUUGUCUGCUACAUCACCCGGUUUACAGAAGAAGCUUUCGCCUCUUUGAUCUGCCUCAUUUUCAUCUUCGAAUCUUUAGAGAAAUUGCUUAAACUGGGAAGGAAAUAUCCAAUUCACAUGAACAGCAAUCUUGACCAACUCACCUUGUAUUACUGUAGAUGUUCAGCCCCGCAGAAGCCCAGUGCUGAAACGUUGGACUACUGGGAUAGCAAAAACAUCACAUCCUCAGCAGUUGCAUGGGCUAAUCUCACUGUUUCUCAAUGUCAUGAGAUGCAUGGAGAAUUCACUGGCCCUACAUGCGCCGACGAUGGCCCCUUUACACCCAAUGUUCUUUUCUGGUCCACUAUCUUGUUCUUUGCUACCUUCAUCCUGUCCAGCCUCCUGAAGCAGUUUAAGACUAGUAGUUACUUCCCAACAAAAGUACGUUCCAUUAUUGGUGACUUUGCUAUUUUCAUUACCAUCGUUAUCAUGGUGUUGAUUGACUACUUAAUUGGAAUCCCAUCACCGAAGCUAAACGUCCCAAGCUCCUUCCAGCCAACCAGUGAUGACCGUGGUUGGGUCAUUGGUCCUUUAGGGCCCAAUCCUUGGUGGACAGUGGUUGCAGCUACAAUCCCAGCUUUGCUCUGCACCAUACUGAUAUUUAUGGACCAGCAGAUCACUGCAGUUAUUGUGAACAGGAAAGAGCAUAAACUCAAGAAAGGCUGCGGCUACCACUUGGACCUUCUCAUGGUGGGCAUCAUGCUUGGUGUGUGUUCGGUUAUGGGUUUGCCAUGGUUUGUUGCUGCCACUGUCCUUUCUAUCAGUCAUGUGAACAGUCUCAAAGAAGAGUCUUCCGUGGCAGCUCCUGGAGAGCAACCCAAAUUCCUGGGCAUACGGGAACAGAGGGCAACUGGACUCCUGAUCUUUGUAUUAAUGGGCCUCUCCGUUUUCAUCACUAGUGCGUUAAAGUUUAUACCCAUGCCUGUCCUCUAUGGAGUGUUCCUGUACAUGGGUGUUUCUUCUCUGAGAGGAAUUCAGUUCUUUGAUCGCUUGAAGCUCAUUGGAAUGCCAACCAAACACCAACCGGAUUUUAUCUACCUGCGGCAUGUUCCCUUGAGGAAAGUGCACCUCUUCACAGCAAUCCAGUUGACUUGCCUUAUCAUUCUCUGGGUCAUCAAGGCCUCCCCUGCUGCUGUUAUCUUUCCUAUGAUGAUUUUGGCUCUAGUCUUCGUCCGGAAGGUCAUGGAUUUCUGCUUUACAAAGCGGGAGCUCAGCUGGCUUGAUGACCUCAUGCCAGAGAGCAAGAAGAAAAAACUGGAUGAUGCAAAGAAAACGGCAGCUGAAGCAGAGGAUGCUGGGCAGAUGACAGAACAUAACCAACAUACUGUAAUUGAAAUACCAGUGAUGAAAAACGGUUAUCCAACUACAUCAUGCAGUGAAGCAUCUACAUCACAGAAUAUUUCACCAAAUAAAAUCAGGCCUGAUCCUGCCGACAUCAACAUAUCUGAUGAAAUGCCUAAAACAACUGUGUGGAAAGCCCUCACCAUGAACACUGAAAAGCUCUAAUUCCAAAAGUGAAAAAGCUUUGCCAUUCAGGUCUCUCGGCUUUGGACGAGGUGAAGCAGCACAUGAAGAUGACUCAGGGAAGAGCCAAUAUGCGCAGGCAAGGGAAGAAGGAUACUUUUGCAAUGAAGGAGGGAGCAAACAAAUAAACUGCUCGGAUACUUACUUCAUACAAGUAGCUGGGUUCAUAUUAAAGCCAUUCAGAAGUGUUUGAUUAUCCUUUGUGUGCUUUAGUGGGCAUUCUAACUAUUUACAGACCAGCAAAUCAAGACGCACAUGCAGUCAAUGAUAGUUCAGUGUUAAAGCCAGUGUGUGUGUAUGUGUGUACACGUGUGGAUGCACACAUGUGUGCAUUUCCUGUGUUCUGGUUUCUUAGCUGUAGAGGGAUCGCUGCCCUUGACUACUUAUAUUUUCCUGACUGUAUGUUUAUUAACAGGUUAGACUUUGAAUGUAUGACAGCAACAGCACUACAGCACAACAAUUUGGGGGUAGUAUUCUCCAUAUUUAUUUGUUAUUUCCAAGACUAGUUGUUCCGUACGGGGUUUUAGCUGAAUUUUUUGCACUGAUUUGUUUUAUAUCGUUAUCACAGAAAUAACUGAUAGGGGAUAUGACACAAUGUAAAUAUCUCCAAACAGGUGGAAGAAAUGUCUCUGUGCGUUUUUAUUUUCAUUUUUUUUCUAAAAUCAAACUGCUUAUUGUUCUACUCCUUCCCAUACAUGUGUGAUAAAAUCAGAAUUCAUCAAAACAGUUACAUGUUUCAUACAAAGUCUACUUAGACGUGAGCCAAUAUCUUGUGUCUUUCUCUAUUAAAUAUCUGUUCAUGAGGUAGGUUAAUCCAACCAAAACUUUGACUUCACCAAAGUGAGUUAACAAGGCAGGGAAGGGUGUAGGCUCAAAAGUUACAGAGACCACACAAUCGUGACCUGGAGCCAAAGAAGUGGGACCCAAAAGUAUUUUUAGUAGGGAGAUGAAUGCUGGGGGGGGGGGGGGGGGGGGGGGAAUUAUGUGCAGAAUUAUGGUCUUGGAGGAGAGGAGAAAAAUGACAAGAUGCAAGAUGGAUCCCAUGGAGAUUCACUUGGAAGGAAAUAAUUUGGUCUAGAAGACCUAGUACCUCAGUAUAUAAAAACCUUGUCAACAAAUUUCCUGUCCACCUGAAAUCAAUAAAAUCAAAGCCAACUGGUAUACUAAACAAACUAUUUGAUUCUCGACAGUUCUGUUCUCUGUCAUCAUUUCGAUUCUUUAAAAAUGUGAUCCUUGUGAGACUUUUCAGAUCAAGAAAUGUUAUGUAAGUUAACUGACAAAGGAUGCCAGGCUGUUUGAAUACUUACAGCACAGCUUGAAAAAGCUCAG